UUAGUAAGUUACUGCUUUCUAAUACUAAUAAUACAUUGGAGCACUCUUGAGCUUCUACUUCGUUGGCUCUUUUUCUGCUAUCAUUAUCUUCCUCUUCUGGUUUUGUAUUAUGUUUGUCUCUAUGAAGGCAACAGAAUAACUAUUAGUAGCUUUAUUUAAGUCAUAACUUGGAGUUCUGGUCUGUGAGCUCAAAAUCGAGGAAUGACAUGAAAAUGGGUGGAAUUGGGUAUUUGAACAUGUUACCAGACAAUCUCUUUUUGUAAUUGUCAUACCAAUGACGGGCUGCAAUAAGUUGUUCUUGCUUGUUAUAAAAUGAGACUUAUUGCUACUCAACAGCUUGAAAUAUUGUUGGCCUUUUAGCAUACAAAUUACAACAGUUAAGGAUUAAUGACCUCUAUCUGCAUGCUUAAAACCCUUGAUGGGAGGUUCAUUUCUCUGACCCAAUAAGAGUGAGGAAAAGCUUUCUUUAGAAUAAACAUGAAUGAGCAUUUCAUAAUAUGUUGAUUACCUUAAAAUCGCUAAGUUCAGUUCAACAGUUAUACCCUUUCCCUUCUAAACAGAUAUUAUCAGUUGAGUAUGUCACUCUUUUGAUCAGAAGAGGAUGCAUCAGAGUGGGUUAAAGGUAUAUACCUUUUAUUGGUGACAGGAUGUUGCCAUCUGACAUAAGCAUCACUCACAGUCUAUAGGUGUUUUGCUUAUGCUGGCGUGGAGCUAUGAUGGAUUAAUCUAUUGGGCAGAAUUUAGGUUUAAGAUUCUAUCAUGUUACUGUGAAGCGAAGUCUUACAUCGCCCAAGUACUAAAAUAAUAUUAAGCAUAUAAGUAUGAGGGCACCCUCACCUCUUGAGCCAGCUUUUGAGAUUGACUUCUAUCCAAGACCAUGUAACAUGGUAUAGGAGCCAAAAUACUUAGGGAUGGGUAGGGUGCAUGUCACUGGCCUGCACGCUGCAGGUGCUGCCAUGUGAGCGUACUGGGCGUGCGGGAGGGUGUGAAGCAAAGUCCCACAUUGCCCAAUUACUAAAAUAAUAUCAAGCAUAUAAGUGUGAGGACACCCUCACUCUUGAGCUAGCUUUUGGGGUUUAGUUCUACCCAAGACCGUGUGACAAUCUCAGUUAUUAGUUAUUUCAUCAAGGACCAUUAUCAAAAUUUCAAAUACCCAUGGAAUUGUUAGGCAGGACGAGUCCUGCUGCAGUUUUUGGAGACAACAUUUGUAAAGAAUGCUCAACAAUAAUUUGUUCUCAGUUGAAAUAUUUCAGUUUUAAUAACUGAAAAAGAAAUUUUAUGAAAUCAGAUGCUGCCUUAUUUUCUUAUCCUAAUAAUUUUGCUUUCAUUUAUCUGGCUAUUUAAUCAAAAAAGCAUUUUUGCGGAACAAAUUCAACAUAACUUUUAAAUAUUCCAUCCGACAUUAAUCUUGGGCCAAAAUGAGAGGUGAUUUCCAUCCAUCAUGUGCAAACCUUUCUGCUGAAUGCAUAUGGUGUAUGCAUGCCAUGGAUUAUUACUUAUAAGCUUAUAUUAUAAAAUUCCUUUUGCUGUAGGUUAUGUACAAUGUGGAUGCGAACAAUUUUGUGACAGCCAAACAGGGAAAGGGGCAGGGAAUCUUACAAUAGUCAGUCCAAGAUAAUGGUACGAGGUAGAGAUGCCUGUUGGGAACACUGUGUCCUUGUUGAUGCAACAAGACAGAAGGUUAAGUGUAAUUAUUGUCAACGGGAGUUCAGUGGGGGAGUUUAUAGGAUGAAGUUUCACUUAGCUCAAAUUAGAAACAAAGAUAUAAUUCCUUGUGCUGAAGUACCAGACAACGUGCGGGACCAGAUACAGAUUUUAUUAAGCACCCCCAAGAAACAUAAAACCCCCAAGAAACUAAAGGUGGAUCGGGCAGCCAAUGGUCAGCAAAAUAGUUCCUCUGCUAGUGGCGGUGCUCAUCCCAACCAUGGAUCCAGUGGGCAGCGUGGAAGCACGUGUCCAUCUUUCCCAUGCCCCUCUCCCAGUCCACAGCCAACUGUUGAUGAUGCUGAAAAGCAAAAGCAGGACAAUGCUGAUAAGAAGAUUGCUGUAUUUUUCUUUCACAAUUCUAUUCCUUUUAGUGCAGCUAAGUCCAUGUCUUAUCAGGAAAUGGUGGAUGCUGUGGCAGAGUGUGGGGUGGGCUAUAAACCACCCAGUUACGAAAAUUUUAGGUCCACGCUUUUGCAAAAAGUGAAAGGAGAUAUAAAUGAGUGUUACAAGAAAUUAAGAGAUGAAUGGAAGGAAACAGGUUGCACGGUCUUGUGUGAUUGCUGGUCCGAUGGUAGGACCAAAUCGCUUGUGGUCUUUUCAGCUACAUGCCCUAAAGGUGCAUUAUUUCUAAAGUCCGUUGAUGUGUCUGGCCAUGCAGAUAAUGCGCAUUACUUGUUUGAGCUGCUUGAGUCGGUUGUUUUGGAGGUUGGUAUAGAAAAUGUUGUACAAGUAAUAACAGAUAGUACUCCUAGCUAUGUUUACGCGGGAAGGCUUCUCAUGGCCAAGUACUCUUCAUUGUUCUGGUUUCCGUGUGCUUCGCAUUGUAUUAAUAAGAUGUUGGAAGAUUUCAGCAAACAAGAAUGGGUAAGUACAGUCUUGGAAGAGGCAAAUACCAUCACAAGGUACCUUUACAGUCAUGUGGGGAUUCUAAAUAUGAUGAGAAAGUUCACAGGAGGAAGAGAAUUGAUUAGGGCUAGAAUUACUAGAUUCGUCACUAAUUUCCUCUCCUUGAGGUCCAUUGUGAUUCAGGAGGAUAAUUUGAAACACAUGUUUUCUCACCCAGAGUGGUUGUCAUCGUCGUAUAGUAGACGCCCUGAUGCCCAAGCUAUUAAGUCCUUGUUGUAUUUGGAGAGAUUUUGGAAGUCUGCACAUGAAGCAGUAAGUGUUUCUGAGCCGUUGGUUAAAAUCCUAAGGAUUUUAGAUGGGGAUAUGCCUGCAAUGGGCUAUGUAUUUGAGGGAAUAGAGAGGGCAAAGGUCUCCAUCAAGGCAUUCUAUAAAGGCAUUGAAGAAAAAUAUGUUCCGAUCUGGGAUAUAAUUGAUGGCAGAUGGAAUCUGCAGCUUCACUCGCCAUUACAUGCAGCAGCAGCAUUCUUGAAUCCGUCUAUUUUCUACAGCCUCAACUUUAAAGUUGACUCGAGAAUGAGGAACGGGUUUCAAGAAGCCAUGAUGAAAAUGGCUACAGAGGAGGACAAAAUAGAAAUAACCAAAGAGCAUCCCAUGUACAUAAAUGCUCAAGGUGCUCUUGGCACUGAGUUUGCGAUCAUGGGAAGAACGCUAAAUGCCCCAGGUGAUUGGUGGUCAGCGUAUGGUUAUGAAAUCCCCACACUGCAAAGAGCUGCAAUACGGAUACUGAGCCAACCAUGUAGUUCUCACUGGUGUAGAUGGAACUGGAGCACUUUUGAGAGCAUACACAGCAAGAAAUGCAAUUCUUUAGAGAUGGAUAAAUUUAGUGAUCUGGUUUUUGUACACUGCAAUUUGUGGUUGCAAGCAAUUGUUAGAAGUAGGGAUGGGAAAUGUAAGUCCAUUAUUUAUGAUGAAAUAGAUGUUAGCACUGAGUGGCCCACUGAAUCUGAAUCUUCACCUCCUCUCUUGGAUGAUUCUUGGUUGGAAAAUCUACCCCUCGAUUGCAGAGGUAGCCUUUGAACUUGUAAAUAUGUAUAGAAGAGAGAGAGAGAGAUUCAGCACUUGAUUUUGUAUCAAACUUCACUCAGAGUUACUUAACAAUGACCAUUAUUUUUGUAGUGGUCAUUGUAAAUAGCUGUAAAAUAGUUAAUCAAGCUUGUAUAAUUGAAUUUAUCAACAAGUUUUUUUUUUU